AUGUUAAAUUUAGAAAGAGAAAUGUUAUCAACAACACCAACAAUAUUUUUAUUACUAUAUAUUUCAAUUGAAAUAUCAGGCCUUAUACUUUUGAUAUACGAAUUCAAAUAUCAUAAAUCACUCUUUAAUAAUGUAAAAACUCUAUUUUAUUGUUUAUUAUUUUCAAAUUGUACGACUAGAGCGAUUUUCUUGCUGCUGGGUAUCAUUGGAUCAUUCCAGGCAGGUUCAUUCGCAGCGAAUUUUCCAUCAUAUCUAUUUAUUACAUUGACAGCGUUUCUUGGUAUUCAAAUUUUACAAUUUAUUCCAAAAGAUUCUAAUUUUGUUGAGAUGAACAGUAGAGAAGAUGAGGAAAUACCUUUGAUCAUGGUGGACAAGGCAUAUGACAACGGUGUAAAGAAAUAUACAAUGUUUGUCAUCCUCUCCAAUAUCAUCAUGUAUGUUUCUUCUUUCAUGGUUUAUUCAAUUUCUUCAUUCAAGAAGGAAGAUAAACGUAAAACCAACUCUGAGAGCUCCGAUGUAGACGAUGGCUUCGAUCAGGCACUGGAAUAUUAUUUCAUUGCAUAUCUUGUUCUAUUGAUUCUAUCACAUGGUUAUAUAGCAUACAAACGUAAAACAAUUCAAAAACUAUUACGUGGAAAAGGACAUAGUAUCGAGAAAUUACAAAUACUUUUAAUUAUUUGUAUUUUAAGUAGAGUUAUUAUUUUGGCAACGAAUCCAUCUUAUUCCAAUAGUGAUAUUGACUUUUGGUCGGGUGGAACAAAGACUGUGGCCACUACCAUUAUCUAUUUCCUCUUGGGUGAGAUCGUUCCUUGUUUACUGAUGAUCUCCAUUCAAUUCUUGCUUCCCUAUCAUGAUUCUUCGUACAACCAAGAAUCGAUUACCAGUCCCACCAGUAUUGGAAUGGGUCAUUCCUUCCAGGUGCUCAGUCCAAUCGAUGGAAUCUUCAGUGCAAGUGGCGCAACCAUUCACGACUGCAACUCUAUCGACUAUGGUGUCACAAAGAUCUGCGUUGUCAAGGUAAUCAGUAAAAACGAUCCAAAUUUCAAAAACAUUCGCAACGAAGCCAAGAUCUACAAGCGAAUUCGUAAGAACAAACCGAGCGAAAUCAUCGAGUUUGACAAAGUGUCAGAGUCGGCCGGCAAGCUUUAUCUCUUCCUGGAGAAGAUGCACACCAACCUCUUCUCCUAUAUCAACAUUCGUAAGAUCGUCGGAGAGAAACGAUUCCUCGCGAAAUUCAAUCAAAACUCACUGCUAUUAUUGAAAUCAUGUGACACUGGACAAAACUCACAGAUUCUUCCGAACCUACCAUUGAAAUUCGAGCAUUCAGAGUUAAAGAAUUGUCUCUUACACAUUGCAAAAGGAAUAGAAUUUUUACAUAAUCUAAAGAUUGCUCAUAGAGAUUUAAGACCACAUAAUAUAUUUUUAACAUUGGAUGGUAGUAAUUUAAUAAGCUACAGUAAGAUUGGUGAUUUCGAUAAUAGUAUUAUGCAGCGAACAAAGAAACCAUCGAUCGUUCCCAAUACAUAUGCCAAUCCUUCACAUAUCGAUUACACUCUGCAAUAUGCCAAUGAUGUUUUGCAAUUCGGUUAUUUAAUUCACUUUUUGAUUACAUUUGAAUACGACGAGAAACGAUUUGCAGUGGAUCAAUACAAUCCUCCCAGCUGGAGUGAAAUACAAUGUCCACCAAACUUACAGGGUUUCUACAAGUUGUACACCCAGUGUAUACACAUAGAAUACCAACAGAGACUAAAAGCAAGUCAAAUAGUUCAAGAAUUACAACAUCUCUAA